AUGCCAUUCAAAAUUAUUCAAACGAUUGAAGCCGGGGAAAUUUGCCUUAGUAUUGUACCUAGCGGCUGGGAAGCCAAUGGAAUCUUGCGGUGGCCGAAAAAGCACCUGGUAGGAAAAUUGUCCCAGAUCGAAACAUCCACUGCAGAUGAUAAAUGGGAAAAGAUGAACUGUGUCAGGAAAAGGGAAUUUAAGACACGUGAGGAAGCUGAUGAUGAACUUGAUCGGAUGGAAACACGAAUUGAUACCGAAGUGGAAGAUAUUCCACUGGCACCUCCAAAGAAGCGUGUGCGUCGUGAGCCCUCAAGGAAAGUAUUUGCAGCGAAAGACUUUAACAACCUCUUGGACACUCAAGAAGAAUUUAAAGCGGAAAGCAACGCUGAAUCCAAUCCUGUCAACAAUGCAUGUAUUACAGCUCCUGUGAAUGAUCAACAACUGCUCUAUGUCACGGAAAACGUUCACACGGAGGGAAUAGCAGAACACAAUGAAUCAUCCCAAAUCUUCUUACUGCCUGGUUACGAUGGAAUUAACAAUGGAAACUUGGAAACUGUACUGGUAAAUCAACGUACUAUUCUGGAAAAUCAGUCGAAAAUCAUGCAAGCCCUAGCGAAGAUUCAAACCGGACAGGAAUACGCUAUGACUCAUUGCCAUUACAGUGCGUCCCAAAAUGAUGCUAUUUUGGCUAAACGGCAUGUUCAGCAUGUAUUGUCCCCAGCCGAUUCGGUGGAUGAACUGGAAGCUUUGGAAAGGUCUUUGGAGGAUGAAACACUGAUGCAGCAAUUUUCAUGUGGAAAGAGUUACAUAUGCGGCGUCACUGGCAAAGCUCAAGGAACGGAUGGUUGUUACAAGUUAAUUUAUUACUUUUUCACCCGAAAGUUUCUCACUCAGUGCUCAUGGACAGGAAUGAUGGGACAGGCUGAUGGAAAUUCACAGCAGGAGCCGUCAACUUGUGGAGAUGCUACGACAAAAGUACCAUUGAAAUUCUUCAAAAACACACGUGCGCUGUUUCUGAAUUUGAUUGUACAAGCUGACAAUCAGUUUUCGGAGCUUGAUUGCGACAAAUUCUUCAAAACGAUCCUUAAGAACAGUAAGCAGCGACUCUCCUCAAAGUUCCUGACGUCGAAGCAUAAGAACAGGCCUACAAAAAUGAAGUACAACAAAUCUGGGUCCGUUUCAUCGCUACGCAAGCGUACUACUGCUCCUGCAACGGAGGGCCCUAGUAAGAAGGUCCAAACGGAUGCCAGCACUGCUUCGGAUGACGCAGAAAAUCGCAGCAACCAAUACUCGGUGCUCGGAGUAGAAAACGGCGGUGGUUACACCGCUGAAAUUUUCAAAAAGAGUGGAUUCCCCCGCUGUUUACCCCGAUGA